AUGGCUCUAAUUAACUCGCUACAAUCGCUCUUUGGAUACGUUCACGCUUUAAUAUUUACGCCAUGGUUUUUAUUCCGCUUCUUCUUCGACAUCACCCUCUGCCUCAUCCCGCUCCUGCGACCCUCAAGAAAAUGGUCUCUCAACCAGGCAGUCCGCGUACGAGUAGUCAGACUACUGCUUCUAUACUGGUCGCUCACCAAGUCCGGAGAUCGAUUGAGACUUGACCCGAGACGAGAGAAGAAUCGGUUUGAAGUCGCUGCUCCCAGAUCGCCCAAAUUAUACAGAGGGAUCUUGUCGGACUACGUGGUGCAGCCUGCGGAGGUGGGCAUGACCUGGACGCCAGCACGACCACCACCCGCGGGGCUGGUUCAUACUGGUAUGACCGUGGUUUUGCACUUUCACGGCGGUGGAUAUGUGAUUGGAAAUGGCCGUGAUGAAGAUACUGGGUAUCUGGCGAAGACGCUUAUCAGGCGUAUGGGCUGCACUCAUGUUUGCACGCCUCAGUAUCGUCUUUCCAGCAGCGAUAAGGGCCAUUUCCCAGCACCACUUCAAGAUGCUCUUACGGCUUAUCUCUAUCUGAUCAAAUCAAAGGGCAUUCCAGCAAACCAGAUCAUUCUGUCGGGCGAUUCGGCCGGAGCCAACUUGGCGCUUGCUUUGGUGCGAUACAUUCACGAGCAUGGCCAAUCUGACGACAUACCGUUCCCGAGAGCAAUGACUCUGUGGUCUCCCUGGGUAGACGUUGCCGGUGCUCUGGAGCAGGAUGCCACAAAGUCACCCAACUACAAGACAGACUAUCUCAACAUGCACUUUGCGCGCUGGGGCGCCUCAACAAUCUCUUCCUUUGGUGCAACCGAUCCAGCCGGUCCAUACCUGUCGCCUCUACGCCACCCUUUCGAAUUGGAACAAGCCCUUCCAGUCUACGUCAAUGCCGGUGGAGGGGAAGUGCUAUGCGAUGAUAUCAAGAGCUUCUGUCAACUCUAUGGCAAGCAUGGUUGGCAGAUUGAUUUGGACGUCUCAGAAGCUUGUCCUCAUGACAUCCUCCUGCUGGGUGACAGAAUCGACUUCACUGCCGAGGCGGAACUGGCAGCUGAGAAUGCCAGAACGUUCUUGAACCAGAAUGCGGGGUUAGCUCUCAAGGCCUGGGCUUGA